AUGGCAUCCACAAGCGAGUUCCCUUUCGCCGGAAUAUACGCCUCUGAAAUGGUGAAAUUCACUGUAUCAAACGAUCUUUUUAAGUGCAGCAUCCAUAAGAAAGCAUUGAUCGGCCGGAUCCCAGACAUGGAACACACAUUACAACGUACGGGCCCGACCGAAAGUUCCCGGGAAAACAGGGGUUACAACCCUCAGGAGGGAGUAUUUAACUGGGAACAUGUCGAGGUUUCCUUUUUUGACGGGUUUUUUCAAUACGUUUAUACUGGGUCAUAUAUUGCUCCAGCUCCAGAACCCGUGAAGUCACAGCCUUUCCGGCGAGAGCCAAGUGUGCCUCCUCACGAUACUCAGCACCCAAGCGAGUAUUUUGACGAACAACUGGCCCUGUUGAAGAAGGUCAAUGAAGCACGACGGUUUCUCUUGUUGAGAGUAUUUCAUGCUGAAUACUUCAUAUAUGCAGAUGAUGAUGCACUGCGUCAUGACCUGCCUCUGAACAAUGACCAAAGUGAGAGCCAUGCAAUGAUUCUGUAUUAUCAUAUGAACAUGCAUUGGUAUGCCACGGGGUUUGAUCUUCCGGGGCUAGCUACUUUGGCAAACGCCAAAUUAUACCAGACAUUAGUCCAAUUUGAGCUGCACGACCAAGGAGUUGCCGAUUUGGUGAAGCUUCUCGAGUUGAUCAAUGACGAGGAGGAUGACACGGCGGACUCUCUGUGCGUGUCUAUGCUCCACCAUUUUCUGGUUUGCCAUUGGGAUACGCUUUGGCAGUUUGUCCCGUUUCGGGAAAUUUCUUUUUACGAGAACAUUCAGGCUUGCCAUCUUCUACGCAAGCUCUCAGCCAACCUCUAA